AUGACCCCUGAUGAAGCUGAGGAGGCCGCCGCGUACGUAGCGAAUGAACUAAUGAUUGGACGCAAGCAUGACCGUAGUAUGUCCGAGGACUCUACACGCAAUGGCAAGUUGAAGAAAAAGGCGUCUAGACGCACCGUCAAGCCAAAAGAUGAAAAAAUUAAACCUGAUUUUGCAGAAGAUGUUCCCGACGAAACCGAUGCUGAUGGUGGGGAUUAUGAGAAGAAAAUGUCAUCUGAAGAAGCAAUCAAACGCAUGAAAAAGCUACUGACGAAAAAUAAGUCUCUGCGAUAUGAUUUCGAUAAGUUAUCAGAAAUAUUCAACGCAGCUGGUGAAAAUGCUGAUAAAUGGGACCAGAACGAGUUUUACGAAGCUGUUAAGACGAAGUUCGAGGCCGCGAUUGAUAAGCGAACUCAGAAGGGCCACUUCGAUAUGAUGAAUGAUAUUAAGCCAAAAACGACCUACGCCAAGGGAGAACGAUCGUUCAAAGACUAUGUCAAGAAGGUACGGAUGGGCCUUAACGCAAUUUUCACGGUCUGA